CUCUUUCCACAAUCAAGUUCAAUUAACGAAAUAUUGCAUAUGAGUUUUGAAAGCUUUGAAACUGUUAUGCAUCUGGACUUGUACGUGCAAAAUAUUCGACCGUCACAGUAUUACGAACUUCCCCAACAAUUUUCUCAGUAAAGAAUGAUCCUGGAAAUUGAUCAGUUUUCAGCUAUGGAAAGUUUUCUUUGUUAAAUACGAUCCUUCGUUUUGUAUACUGAACGCGUUACACAAUUAAAGUGUCGCAGUUUCUCAAUAAUAUUAUCAAGACAUUCGACCGUAAGAAAUACUGGAAAUUAGCGGUCCUUGGAUUUCGUACACGCUUUUGUGAAAAAUCGCUUCAUCCACUCUCAUGUCGCGUCCCCACUACUUCGCAGUACUCUUAGUUAUUACUACCUGUGCGAAUCUUUAAUUAAGUAUCAUAACAGUGAUAGUAAACACUUUUUUUUGCUGCGUAUACCAGUUUUUCUAGCCAGUCAUUUUCCUUCAUGCAGCCACGAGUAACUGGGAUAAAUUUCUUUAAUCUAAGACUCAUAUCUUACCAUCCCAAAACGCGUUCAGCAAUGCGUGUCUAGGAUACAAGGAGGGAAAGAGAAGAGAGUAGGAAGCGUAACAAGCAUUAAAAAAACACCUCCUUCUAGGAAAUUAUCCUUGGGAGAAACAUUUCCUCGAACCUUCAAAAAAAACCUUGAACCUUACUAUAAUAAACCUUUCUAUUUUGAACAUACCCCAUACCGAACUCCGAGAUUCACUUAAAAGAUUAUCUUUAGUGAUUGAGUAUCUGAUUUUAUUGUUGUUCUUGACGUCUUUGUCUUGAAGCCGAUGGAAUCAAAAAGACAAUCCCAAGAGGAGGACAAAAGGGGUGAUCAAAAGCGGAGUCGUCAGAAUUCACAACUAUCGGAAACAUGGCGCAUCACUCGAAGUUCUAGGUGUCUGCUUCUCAAUCGGAAUGAACUGAUGCCCUACUUGGAAGAUUCAAUUCGAAAUAUAACACGAGAGGUGGUUGAACUCCAACUAGCAAGACUAAUAAGUAGUACUCAGACUGAAAUAUCUGGAGGCCGCAGAUUCUUGAAGCUGGUUUUUAGGAAUGAAUUGCCUGAUACAAUUUAUACUAUGUCCAAAUUGAAAGCUAGAGACAACAAUCCUCUUGAGGUCGCUCUUUUCGAUGUUGAAUCUCGGUUUAUAGUCUCUGAUGAGAAUGAUCCACUGUCUUCGAUCAAGGUAAAGAUUUGCGUCCUUAAUGGUGAGUUUGCUUCAGAUGGCAGUGAAAAUUGGAGCAAAGAUGAAUUCAAAUCCAAAAUCUUACGUCAAAGAGAGAAUAAAGGGCAGCUACUGAAAGGAGAUACGGUUAUUGCGCUUAAAAAUGGAGUAGGUUUUAUCCACAAUGAAUUCACUGACAACUCAUUUUGGAUAAGAACAGGACGUUUCAGAUUAGGAGCGAUGGUUGCAAAAUCAAAUAUGAAUGACGCAUUAAUCAUCAGGGAAGGUAUAAGUAAACCUUUUAGAGUCAAGGACUACAGAAGUAAGUUGAACAAGAAAAAGGAUCCAACCCUCAGUGAUGAAAUAUGGCAUUUGAAACAUAUAUCAAAAAAAGGGAAAAUUUUUGAGCUGCUUUCUGAGGACGGGAUACAUACUGUUGGCGAUUUUUUGAAGGAGCUUGAAACCAAUCCAUUAUCUUUGGAAGAGAAACUCGGCAAGAUUUCCUCCAAAACCCGGGAAGAAAUUUAUAAGCAGGCUAAGAAAGCAAAGCAUGCUGAGAGUAAUACUUUCAACUCCGAUCAGACGGGGCAGCAAGCAUGUGAAAGUUCGAGGGGUCUGUUGCAGAUUGAGCUGAUAAACGGUGCUCCAGAUCAAGAUGUUCAACUGCCUGACUUCCCUCAGCAAGACUGGAUUGAUGAAUUAUCACAGAACGAUGAAUUUGAUCCAUUCCACCUGACAUAAACCCUUUGCUCCCUCCAUGUAAUAAUGAUGAAGCAGAACCUGACAGAAACCGUGCUUUGAAUUCAUCAAACAAAGGGAAUGUAAGUUCUUUCAAAUGGGUCACAUUGCAUGCAGCUAAGGCCAAAGCUUUCUCGCCGCCAGUGUUGACUAUAACUCUAUUUAAAGGAGAAUACUCAAUUAUAGUAUAUUUGUUAAUUCAUUGAUUUGAUUUCUACUUAUGGUUGCAAUUGGUCAGAUUAAUUCUUUCCUGCGAAUACUGAAGCUGGCUGGAAUCUAAUGGUUGCACUUUAACCUCAAGAGUUUUAAUAUUAAUGUGUAGUUUUGAAGAGUAUUCGUUUUAAUUUUUUUUUAAGUAAAAAUCUGUUCCAUUCUUUGCUUUAACAGUAACGCACAAUUCUGUAAUAAAAAUAUGGCAAAAU